UCACUGUGCUCAUUACAAGAACCAACGAUGGACGUGUCAGUGCUGCUCGGUCUGCUCAUUGGCAUCGCAUUGCUAAUUACGAUUUGGUUUCUGCGUCAGCAGAGCUAUUGGCGGCGACGCGGCAUACCGCACAGCAAGCCCAUUGUACUCAUGUCUAUGACCACCAAGCAUGUGGUGCAGAUUCUGCGUGAGUCCUACCAGCAGUUCAAGGGCACUGGCCCGUUUGCGGGUUUCUUUUUGCUCGCCGCCAAUUCGGCGCUUAUAGUGGACUUGGAGUUGGUGAAAAAGAUACUCGUGAAGGACUUCAACUACUUCUCGGAUCGUGGACUCUACAAUAAUGCGCACGAUGAUCCGCUUUCGGGUAAUAUGUUCUUUGCCGAAGUCGAUGGUUGGAAACGUUUGCGCGCCAAACUCACACCGACCUUCACCUCGGGCAAAAUGAAGAACAUGUUUCAUAUGGUCAAUGCGGUGGGUGAGCGUUUCGCCGAAACAUUUUACACCCGCAUAGGUGAUGGUGAUGCGAUGGGUCACGGCAAAGUGCUGCCUAUAUCCGAUCUUACCGGGCGUUACACCACCGAUACGAUCGGCACUUGUGCUUUCGGGAUCGAGUGCAACAGCCUGAAUGCGGAGACACCUGACUUCGUAUUGGUCACGAAUAGUUUUGUGCAUCGGCGGCGUCACAACAAACUCGUCGAGGGGUUGAUCUUUAGCUUUCCGCGCAUUGCACGCUUUCUGGGUAUGCGCAUCAUAUCACAGCAUGUGCACGACUUUUACAUCAAGCUCGUGGAAGACACGCUUGAGUACCGUAAAAACUCGAAGCUGCGUCGUAAUGAUUUUCUGGACUUACUAAUCGAUAUGCGGGAACGCGAGGAUGCGGACGGCAAACGUAUUGAGGGACUGAGUGUAAACGAAAUAGCCGCACAGACUUUUUUGAUAUUUUUGGCGGGAUUCGAGACCUCAGCCACAACAAUGAGUUUUGCACUCUACCUGCUGGCGCAGCAUCCCGAUAUACAGGAGCAACUGAGACGCGAUAUCAACGAGGUGCUGGCUGCCAACAAUGAACAGCUCACAUACGAGUGUGUUAAGCAGAUGAGGUAUCUGCAUCAAGUAAUAUGUGAAACGCUACGCAUGUACCCGAUCGUGCCGAAUCUGAUGCGCAAGGCACAGGCACACUACGACACUGGCGACCCCAAAUAUUAUAUUGAAAAAGGCACUCUGGUCAUUAUACCCACCAUAGCCAUACAUUAUGACCCGCAGUAUUAUCCGGAUCCCGAGCGCUUCGAGCCAGCCCGUUUCACUGCUGAAGAAAUUCAACGCCGACCCGCUUGCACUUGGCUGCCUUUCGGCGAGGGUCCACGCAACUGUAUCGGCAUGCGCUUCGGCAGAAUGCAGACCAGCAUUGGUCUCAUUUAUUUGCUGCGUCAUUUUCGAUUUAGUGUCGCCGCCGAAACCGAAAUACCCUGUCCGUUGGCAAAAGUGUCGUGUUUGGUCUCACCAGCGAACGGCAUUCAACUCAGAGUGGACAGAGUAGAGGGCGCCCAACCGAUUAGACAUUCCACUCAUAUCGAACUGCUCCCGCCUUCAGUUCUAUCGCGGCCUUUCGUACGUUCGCACCACGCCGUAACUCUUCGUCCGCCGCCGGCUAGCUGUUGUAUAUUGCCGCGUCGCUCAACUCAGCCGCACUCCACCGCUAUGUUGGCCUACGGUAUCGUAAUUGCGCUCUAUGCGCUCUUGGGCCUCUUCACAAUGAUUGUUGGUAUGCUACGCUCGCGUAUGGUCUAUUGGAGCCGUCGCGGUGUAGCACACGAUCAGCCGGCUUUUAUACUUGGAAAUCUACAAAGUCUUGCCAUCACGCGCCAACUCGCCGUGACGUUACGUGAAACUUACGAUAAGUAUAAGCAUAGCGACGGUCCGUUUUGUGGUUUCUAUUUGCUCAUCAAUCCAGUGGCUCUAGUGACGGAUUUGGAUUUGGCACGCAGUAUACUCAUACGAGAUUUUCAGAAAUUCGAUGGUCGUGGUUUGUACCAUAAUAAACGUGAUGAUGCAUUUUCGGAGAAUCUCUUUAGUUUGGAAGGGGAUGCGUGGCGCGCCUUGCGCAGAAAACUAACGCCUCUCUUCACGACAGGUAAAACACACUCCCUCAUACCGAUCGUCUCCAAAGUAGGGGAUCAAUUAACGCAAACAUUUGCGAAACUACAAAGUGCUGAUGAUGAACUGGAUGUGCAUGACCUGUUGGAACGCUACACCACAGAUGUUAUAGCCAACGGUAUACUAGGUUUGGAGUGCAAUAGUCUCGCAUCUCCAGAUACCGAAUUCCGCACGGUCACACAGCGUAUCGCUUCAAGCCAACGCAGCGCUGUGGCAAUUGCUUUGAUGCAAUGCCUGCCAAAGCUGGCACAACGCUGUCACUUACGUCAGACACUACAAGAAGUACGUGAUUUCUAUUACCGCUUAGUGGGCGGUUCGAUAGUACAACGCGAGGAGAAUAAGAGUAAACGUGAUGAUCUGAUGAGCGCACUGAUCGAGCUGAAGAACACUCAGGAAGACGGACAGAGAUUAACUCUUGACGAGAUUAUAGCUAACUCCGCUUUGUUCUUCAGCGCCGGCUAUGAAACCUCAUCCGCAACUUUGACUUUCGCGCUUUACGAAUUGGCGCUCAAUCAGAAGGUACAAACCAAAUUGCGGCAAGAAAUUACGGAGACUCUCGAAAAGCAAGAAGGCAAACUCACUGCGGAGUCACUUAACGAAAUGCAGUAUCUGGAUAUGGUGAUUGCAGAAACCUUACGCAAAUAUCCGAUUAACCCCUAUAUCGAACGCGUUUCGAAUGAGGAUUACGAGACCGCAGUAGCGGGUUCUGUUAUAUAUGCUGGCACUAAGGUACUCAUACCCAUUGAAGCCAUACAGCAUGAUCCGGAGAUCUUCCCAGAGCCGGAGAAAUUCAAGCCAGAACGUUUUGAAACUGAAAAGAUAGCCCGUCGCCAUUCGAUGGCUUGGUUACCCUUCGGUGAAGGCCCACGCAACUGCAUAGGCAUGCGUUUUGGUCAGGUGUUAAUCCGAAUUGGUCUCAUAUCACUGCUGAGCAAAUAUAAAUUUUCAGCCUGCUCUCGCACUCCCACUCCGAUGGUAUAUGAUGAAGCGAGUUUGCUACUCAAACCACAAAGUGGAUUGUAUUUACAUGCGGAGCGUUUAAGCUAAGAUGAAAGCAUGAGAAUUAAGAUAAAAGCCCAACUUUAACCGAAGAUAAGCUUUAAAGUAUUUAGAACCAUAUUUUACAAAGUACGCCGAAGUCCUAUAAAGUAUCUGAAAUUCGAUUUAUUGCUGAGAAUUUGUGCAAGACAUAAUAUGUUCAUGAUAUUUGUUUCUCUAAAAAAUGAAAUACGUGCUUAGUAUUGUUACUCAUAAUAAUAACUUGUUUAAUUC